AUGGAUUUCAAGAAAGAUCUCUCAAAGACUGGACAGGACGUUGUUAAAGCCCAUGAGUUCCUUAGAAAGAAAGGCUUAGCAAGUCCAGAAGAGAAAGCAAGCAGAGCCACUGCUGAAGGAAGGAUAGGGUCAUAUAUCCAUGAUAGCAGGAUUGGUGUCUUGGUAGAGGUGAACUGGGAGACAGAUUUUCCCGGCGUGACAUUUUUAAGGAGCUGGUCACCAACAGUAACAGUGUCUGCCGUAAAGGGUACACAGCUACGAGAAGAAACUGGAGCAGGGAUUAUGGACUGCAAGAAAGCUCUUUUCGAAACUGGAGGGGAUCUUGAGAGGGCACAGGAUUACUAA